GAUACACCAAUAAGGAAUGGUAUAAUAACUGACAGAAACCAGUGCUUCUUCAAAAUCCUUCGGACUUUUCGCCUCAAAUUUAAGAAGCCCUUGAUUCUUGACAUGACAUUAUUUGGACGUAGUGCUAGAAACGGGAAAGCGGGAAAGCCCAACUGCAAUUUUAGUUUACGGAGUCCAAGGUUUCAUUUCUCACGCAAACGGAUUGCAGAUUCUGAGAAUCAAAAUCAGUGAUGAGUUUCACGAGCGCAACAUACUGACAGUAGAGAUGCACAAUAGUGCACCAACUUGCACCUUACUGCCUUCUCAGUAGGGAAGCCUUACAUAUACAUUACUAGCCAUGAGGCAUGAGGCUUGCAGCCAUGCAUCUGCAGUGCUGCACUUUUUAUUUGCGUUUAGUUUUGGUUCUCGGUUUGUUAUCAUUGUGAUGAAAUUUUAAGGCGGUAAUUUACGGAUAUUGUUGUCAUUCCUCCCUGUUUCGUUUGGCUAGCGGUUAGUUUUUCCUGCACAAAACGUCUGGACGUUUUUCUUCUACUAGAACUUUUUCUGUUAUGGAUGUCUGAUCCCUGUGUUUGAGUUCAAGUGCAGCGAUUCGUUAACGGUCAUGUCGUCAGAGGAGGACGAGUACGUUCCUGGUGGUUCAGGUUCUCCAAAGAAGACUAAGGCUACCAAAAAGAAGAAGGCUGCAGCAUCAUCCGAAGAUGAAGGAGAUACUGACAAUCAACCAACAAAGAUGGCCCGCACCCCCAAAGAGAAGAAAGCCAUUAAGAAGAUCUACCAGAAGAAAUCGCAGCUGGAGCACAUUCUCAUUCGUCCCGAUACAUACAUUGGCUCGACGGAACUCGUGUCGCAAAAGAUGUGGGUCUACGAUACCGAGGAGAAGAAGAUGGUUUUUCGCGAAAUAAAAUUCGUUCCCGGACUGUACAAAAUUUUCGACGAGAUAUUGGUAAAUGCGGCGGAUAACAAGCAGCGCGAUCCAAAAAUGUCCAUGAUCAAGGUUGGCAUUGACGCAGAGCAGAACCAGAUCUCUGUUUGGAAUAACGGGCACGGUAUUCCGGUCGUGGAACAUAAAGAAGAAAAAAUGUUAGUUCCCACAAUGAUCUUCGGUCAUUUGCUGACUUGGUCCAAUUAUGAUGACGACGAGAAGAAAGUGACCGGCGGACGAAAUGGAUACGGAGCCAAGCUGUGCAAUAUCUUCAGUAAUAGAUUCGUUGUGGAAACCGCUUCGAAGGAGUACAAGAAGAAAUUCAAGCAGGAAUGGUCGAAAAAUAUGGGAAAGGCAGGUGAGCCAAAAGUGGAUUCGUUCAGUGGCGAAGAUUACACCAAAGUCACUUUCGAGCCCGAUCUCAGCAAAUUCAAAAUGGCAGUACUGGAAAAGGACACUGUGGACCUGUUAUCAAGGCGAGCGUACGAUGUUGCUGGAACCAGUGGAGGCGUUAAAGUGUACCUCAAGGGAGAGAAGCUACCGAUCUCUAAUUUCAAGCAGUAUGUUGAGCUAUAUACGGCCAAUAACUCCGACGAAAUGGGAAAUCCCUUGAAAGUUGUAACUGAGAAGGCUAACGAAAGGUGGGAGUUUGCGGUCACUUCGAGCGACACUGGAUUUAGUCAAGUCAGCUUCGUCAACAGCAUCGCUACUACAAAGGGUGGGCGCCAUGUGGAAUACAUCACUGACCAGAUUACCAAGGCAAUGAACGAGGUCAUCAAGGAAAAGAACAAGAGCGGUGCAGAGAUUAAACCAUUUCAGGCGAUCAAGGGGAACGUAAGGGAAUGCUUUUACAGCCUACCAGAACUGGAAGAAUGGAAAGCGAAUCUCACGGAGAGUGAGUUGAAAAAAUACAAGAUCAAAUAUUAUAAAGGAUUGGGUACUAGUACCUCAGAGGAAGCCAAAGAGUACUUUACAAACAUUACGCGGCAUCGGAUUGCGUUCCGAUACGGUGGAAAGGACGACGACGAUGCUGUUGAUUUGGCGUUUGCGAAAAAUAAAGCAGAUGCCAGGAAAGAUUGGCUGACGAAAGGAAUGGAAGAACGUAAGCAGCGCAGACUGGAGGGUCUUGGCGAGGUCUACCUCUACACGAAAACCACAAAGUCUGUGACGUUUAGAAAGUUCGUGGACGAGGAGCUGAUUCUGUUUAGUAACAUGGAUAAUGAGCGAUCCAUCGCUUCGCUUGUUGAUGGUUUGAAGCCUGGCCAGCGGAAAGUGCUUUUUACGUGUUUCACGCGGAAGAAAAAAGGUGAAGCGAAGGUGGCCCAGUUAGUCGGUUCCGUCGCUGAAAAGUCCGCUUACCAUCAUGGCGAACAGUCACUUAUGUCAACAAUUGUUGGAUUGGCUCAAAAUUUUGUUGGGUCGAACAACAUCAAUCUCCUCCUGCCACUCGGACAGUUCGGUACUCGACUGCUUGGUGGAAAGGAUGCUGCCAGUGCUCGAUACAUCUUCACCAAUUUGAGUCAUAUGGCCAGAGCCGUAUUCCAUCCGCACGAUGAUCCGCUGUUAAAUUAUUUAAACGAAGAUAACCAGAAAAUUGAGCCAGAGUGGUAUAUUCCCGUUGUGCCUAUGGUGUCAAUGAAUGGCGCCGAGGGAAUUGGAACCGGAUGGAUGACGAAAAUUCCGAAUUAUAAUCCACUGGAUAUUGUCGCGAAUUUAAGAGCUUUGAUCCGUGGAGAUGAAAUAAAACCAACGAAACCAUGGUACAAAGGAUAUCACGGUGAAAUUUUGCCAGUAGAUUCAACUCGUUACUUAACUAACGGGGAAGUGGCAGUUCAUGAUCAGGAGAAUUCGAUUGAAAUAACGGAACUGCCUAUUCGGACUUGGACUCAAAACUACAAAGAAGUGGUUGUUGAGCCUUUGCUUUUAGGCUCUGAAUCCAAAGAUGGUAAAGGAAAGCCUCCCCAGAUUCAAGAUUACAAGGAGUACCAUACGGAUACUACCGUCCGUUUCGUGAUUCGAAUGUCAGGGCAGAAGUUUGUGGAAUUCCAAAGGGAAGGAUUUCAUAAGACAUUUAAACUCCAGCAGACCAUCUCUAUGAGCAGUAUGGUUCUGUUCGAUUCCAAUGGAGUGAUUCGCAAAUACGAUAAUGUCAGCGACAUCUUGCGUGAGUUUUUUGAAGUUCGAAUGACAUUCUAUGGAAAAAGAAAAGAUUUUCUCGUGGCGCGUCUGUCGGCUGAGGCUUUGAACCUUGAGAAUCAAGCCCGGUUUAUCGACGAGAAAAUUAACGGGAAAAUUACAAUAGAGAACGUCAAAAAGAAAGACUUUAUCAAUAAAUUAAAGAAAGCUCAGCCACCUUAUGACUCGGAUCCGGCCAAGACUUGGAAAAAGAAAUUUGGAUUGCCGGAAUACGAAACUCCUACCGCGGAUGACGAUGAUGUCAAGAAGAAAACGGAUGAAGCAGAAGCCGGAUCAGAUUUUGACUACAUUCUUAAAAUGCCUCUUUGGAGUUUAACGAAUGAACGAUUUAUGGAUCUCAUAGAGAGACGGGAUGAUGAGAAUAAAGAGUUAUCAGCUCUUCGGAUGAAAACACCCUCGGAUUUGUACACGGGUGAUUUGGACGAGUUCGAAUCCCGUCUGGAAAAAGUGGAAGCUGAAGAAGCCUUUGUGUCACCUACCAAAAAACCUGCUGGCAGGGUAGCGGCCAGGGCUAAAGGCCAGAAAGGACGAGGAGCUGUUGCGAGCUACGCAGAUACGCUCCCUUCUGUGUACGGGACACGGGUUGAGCCAGUUGUUGAUACUGCCACUAUUGCGAAGUUUGAGAAAGCCAAAGAAUUAAAAGAUCGAAAAGUGGAUGGCAUAAAGGUACCCCGAGCUCGGGCCAAGAAACCCGCUGAGAAUGGCGAAAAUCCCGCCUCAUCUGAAGCGCCGAGCUCUAACAGGCCGGCAGGAGACGACAGUCGUCGGGUGGAUACUAAGCGCCGUCGUAUACACAUUACGCUGGAAAUAAGUCGGGCAGGUCAGCCGUUUAAAGGCAUCCUGUUGUGCUUUUUUCUCCUGUGGAUGUUGAACUUUGCUGUGGGUUCCCUUCCUAUGCUACCAACGGAUACUUGCGCUAUCCGAAAUGACACGUGCCCUCUUCCGGGAAAAAAUUAUUAUGUUCCCAACGUCUCAGAUCCCAAAGCGACGAUCGUGGAAAGGGUCGCAUGGUACUUUUUCGGAUUUUUCACGGGUCUUAUUGUUAUGUAUUUCUGUAUCUUGUUUUCGUCUAAAGUUGAGGAAAAUGUGACAGCUAACGGAAGAAUUUCAAAACGUGAAAAUGGACGCGGAUCCGAUCAAAAUGCCAUUCUAGCAUCCAGAGCUCAACGGGCGUUAGAAGAAUACGCAGAAAGCCAGGAAAUGCCAUUUGAACCAACGUGUCCAUAUUGUAAUUAUCUUUGCGACGAGGAUUUGUCGACCAUACACAGGAGAACAGUUACAGUAGAAAACACGCGAGAUUAUGGGUUCGGGUUCAAUUGCAAGAAGUUCCCUGGGACUGACGGUACGAAAUGGAUUGUAAUUUCGGAUGUCAUGGAUAUGCAGAUUGCCGUUUACAAGGGUGACUUUAUCCGGGAAAUUAACAAAAUAUCAACGCAAGAACCUAACCAGCGAUCCGCUUUGAAAGAAUUGUUCAAAAAGACUGGCAAAGCCUUCUCAGUGACUUUGGUACUGGAAUACCGCCAUGAUUUGUCGCCACAUAUCGACGCUAGUUCCGGCGGUUUUUCUGGAUAGCCGCCCGAUUCCAUGGGACUAAUUGAUGGAUCAUGAGCAGUGCUAGCACGACCUUACUGUUGCUGCAUGUUAAGCUUCAAAAUUGUGAUAUUGUACUACUUUGGCAAAACUUUUUAACCCAGUGUUCUCUUUAAAUGUUCCCCGCAAAGGCGCAGAUAAAAUUGAAUUUCAUGUGGAAUAUUCGUAUUGCUUUUUAUUAUGUUAAGGCAUUUUGAAAUCAUUGCAUACUUUUUUUGUUAAAUAACUUUUGCCUUCAUUACCAUGUUGGUCAUCGUAUCCUAUUAGGUGAUGCAGUCGAAAAAAAUACAGAUAAAGUUUGUGUUAA